AUGUCUCUUGAGGGUUAUAUCAAUAUGGCGGCCACCACGGUCCUGGGACAGACGACUGAGCGGAUUAUUCGCCCUCAUGACGACGAGGAGCCGUCGAGCGAGGUGCAGCACGGAUUGUAUAUUGUGAGGGGGGAUAAUGUGACGGUGGUUGGGCUGGUGGAUGAGGAGCUGGAUGAGAGCAUAAACUGGAAUGAGGUGCGGGGGGCUGUGAUUGGGGGUGUCAAGCACUCAGCGUGA